AUGAGCCGCUCAUCCAGCCUGCCGUCGACCUCUUCCCAACUGCUAAGCCUAGCCUCUACCGCUUCGGCCGAACAAGCUGCCGAACUGCGCGGCUUCAUCUACCCUCCACACUCCUUCUCCCCCUCGCAGCUUCAACACCUCUUGGCGCUGCUCCGUGCAGAUCUGCAACUCUUUCUGCGCCAGAUAUGCUACAAAGCAGAGGAGCAGGAGCAGGAGCAGGAGGAGUGCUGCGAGUAUAUUUGGAAUAGAGAGGAACCUAGAUUGGACAUUGUUGGAGAGUGCUGCGUGCGCAUCGUGUUGAGCGGACAUGGAGUGUCGGUGGAGGAUGAGUGGCUGGUCGUUCAUCUGCUACGUCGCUGGACGGAAGAUGCGCACUCCCGCUCGCUUCUAAGCUCAUUCCCGCACCCGCACCCGCACCCGCACCACACCUCCUCGCAUGCCGACGCGGGAUUGGCGGCGAGGGUGGAGGAUGAAGAUGGAGAGUUGGUGUGCAUCGAAGGAGCGCAAGCGUUGCCCCAUUGGGUCGAUCCUGCAAAUGCCAGCCGUAGAUGCUGGCUCUAUUCAGGUCACGUGCAUCUCAUCCCUCCUCAUCUGGCAUCCGGUCAUCCGCUGCGCUCCUCCGACGACGACGACGACGACGACGACGAGUGCGCAUUUGAAAUGCCCGCGAUGCAAACCUCACCCAUUCAAGCAGCAGGUCCUUUGGAUACAAAUACCGCACUCGACAUUCUUCGUGCGCCCUCGAAUCAUAAAGAGACGCUGCAUCAGGGUCUUACGAGAGCCAUCGGAACGCGCAUGCCAAGCUAUCCCUCUCCCGUCUGGGCUCGACAGACACAGCAUUGCACACUGGUGUACGCACCAAGCACCGUCGCUAGCGUUUUGAACAAGGAUGCGAAUCUCAUGGGACGUGUAGCAAGAGCAUUUCUAGCGAGGGAAGGACCGGCAGAUGCUAGAGUGGCCAUCGCUAUGAAGGUCUUUGGUCCUGCUACUGUGCGCGCUGACGCUCAUCAGGAUCAGCAACACGCUGCGCAGCGCAAAGAGGGCUUGGUGUUGGUCAGGGUCAGGAUGACGAAGCAUCUUUACGCUCUCUUGACUGCCGCUCGCUACUAUCCUCCCAAGAUCUGGGGAGAAUGUGCUCGGGGAGCGGUGCAAUCGCUUUGGGAAGCGCGAACAGGACAAGUUGCAUCAAGAGGGCAUUCAGAGUCAGGCGUGGGUGAAAGAGAAGCGAGAAGAAGAGAUUUGGGAAUCAAGCUGAGCACGGGAUUGGAGUUGCUCUACGAAGCUGCGAUGAGGAGAGGUCCGAUGACGAGGCGCAUGUUCGAUGAUCCAUCCCACGUGAGUUUGCCCGCCCUUUCCUGCCAUCGAAGCGGGGGAAAUUGACCCAGCAUCGCGCGUCCUUGUACUCUGCAUGCCUCGCUCGCGCACAAGUCUUCGAUUUGCCAAACGCAAGAGUAUCAGCGCUUCUUGAACUCCCUGACCGCUUUGGGAUACUUUGGGCAGGAAAUAAGCGGUAGUCAGAGGUGGGGGGACUUGGAAAAGGAAGCGGUAAGGCUCUGGAGGCAGGCUCUUUCGGCUCGGCGAGAUGCGGGCUCAGAGGAAGGGAUAGACGGGUGAGUCUUUUGUUUCGAUGCGGGGUUCGACGCGACGAAGAUGCGUGGCAGGCGAGUCGGGACUGAUGAAGAGAGGACCUCUAUGGCAUAGACGAGAGACGGAUGAGAUCGUGCCGCUAGUCAGGAGCGUGCUUGAUCAUCCUCUCUCGCACGCAGUUUCAUUCAUAGACGACUCUCUGUCCGAAUCCGUCCUCUCAACGCUGGAAGACGACGAGGCUUUUUUGUUGGACUCUGAAGAGCAACAAGAUGGGCAGGUUGAUGCGAAGGAGAGUGAAAGGGAAGCGGAGGAAGAGUUGGCGGAUGAGCAGUUGAAGGCUUUUGCGAAGAGGUUGGAAGAGUUUGUGGGCGCUGAAGGAGAGAUGGAUGGGGCUAUUUUUGAGGAUGAGAUGGAGGAGGACGAUGAGGAGGAGGAGGAGAGGGAUGAAAAAGGAAUUACUUUGAGCGAAGCCAGGAGAAGAGUGCGGGAAAUGUCGAUGCAGGAAAGACAGAGGGCAGUCUUGAACAAUUUGCCGCUUGCUGAUUUGGAGGGAUGGGGCGGAGCAGGUCGAAGUGAAGCUUCGACGACGUCCAAGGGCACAGGCAAGCAGAGGGCCGAAGCACAAAUGUCCGAAACGGUACUGGGAAGCCAAAGCUCGAGCGAUGAAACGGCAACUGCGGCUAUGCGGAUCGAUGCCGUUUCGAGGGACGUUCCAGCACCCCCGUCCAACUCGGUACCCCCGCUCUCUUCGGUGCAUUACGACGGCGCCUCCGACUCCGACAGCGACAGCGACAGGGAGAGCGAAUCCGAAUCCACCCGGCAAAGUACCAAAAACAUGGGAUCGACGCAAGAACGUGCGCAUCUCGCCUCUGUGCUAGACCUGACGCCGGACGAAGAAGUGUUGGUGGAAGCGCAAGAAGUGUGGGGGCACGAAGGACCAAACGAAGAGGAGGAUCUGAAUGGCUUUUUGCAAUUUGCCAAAAAGGAAUUGGGACUGAGGGAUGAGGAGUACGAGGAGAUUUUGAAUGAGAGAAGAAGGGCAGCAAGGUUUGUUCCUGAGCGCAUGGGCUUGGAGGCGAAUGAGCGAGCACAGCGGCUAAAGACGAGCAAGGCAAGCACGAUCUCGACGCAGCAGAGCACCGGCUUGCAAGCACAAAGUGCAAGGGAGAAGCAGGGCGAGAAGAAGAUGCCCUUGGAUGGGUUCGAGAGUCUGAUGCGCUCCCUCGAUGCGGAGCUGGAGAAGCACUUGUCUCGAAAGAAGCAGGCGGAUCAACGAGGAGAUGUGGAUGUGGACAUGGACAUGGACGACGCGGAACCUGUUCGACGUCCUGCGCCUAUGCGUAUGCCCGGCAGCAGCGGCAGCAGCAGCAGCAGAGGCGCAUCGGACAUCUACGCGGACGCAGAUGCGCAUGACGACGAGUCUGACGAGGAAGAGACGCUCUCAUUGCAAGAUCAAGAACUUUUAGACAAGUUGCUAGGUCGAUUAGAAACUUUUGGACCUGCAUCUAAUCUAUUGGACAGGCGUGCAGAGGGGCAAGCUGGCCCCACCGCCACCGCCACCGCCACCACGUUGGAUGAUGCGCAGAGGGCGAGAAUGUUGCAGGAGAUGAUGAGCAGUUUGGAAGCGCAGGGUGCGGCUGCUGGACCGGUUGGAAAUUUGGCGAGGAGGUUGGGCGCUACUUUGCCGCGCGGCAGGUAG